AUGACUAAAAAAUCUAAAUCUUCCGUAUCAUUUUGUACCAAAUAUACCAUUGAUAAAAUGCGAUUAGCAGGACAAACUCCUACGUUGACCGAAUUGAAUCAAGCAAUUGUUAGUGAAGCAAAAUAUCAUAAUGAUUGGUACGCAGCAGCUUCAUUAUUUAAAGAUUUUGACAAAAUUGUAUGGGAAAGGUUAUCUCGUCUAUCAGAUAACAGACAAAAUAAUAAUGACAAGGAGAAGAUUCAAAGUGAUGAUAUCUGUUACGAUUUAUUACCAAUAUUAUCAUUAAAUCAAAUUUGGGAAGGUACACCAACUCCAAUGCAACCAUUGACUUCAAAAGAAUUAAAACUUAUUAGAUGUGUAUAUCAAAUUAUGAUACGAUAUGCUCCAUCGGUCAAAGAAGCAAACUAUUAUUAUCUUCAUUUGCUUCAUAAUCAUCUUGAUACUCCAAUUUAUGAUGAUGAAUGUAUCAACCAUUGCUUGAAUUCAUUGAUUUAUCUGAUCUCUACCAGUAAUAUCACGGAUUAUUUGGAAAUCGGAUUGGAACUUGUAGAAAUUGCAUUGUCACGUGGAAUAGGAAAAGAUCCAUCAGGAAUUUUGGAAAGUGUAUCAAAGAAUAUCAUGGCAUACCAUGGAUUAAAAAUGCGUAGAGACGGUCACGUAACAAAGGUUUUACCUGUUAAACCCGUUAACCUUAAAGGACAUGCAGAUCGUUCGAGACGUAAGAAUAAAAAAAAGAGAGGGGAAAAACGUAAAAUUAAUAAGCUUGGUGAUUCAGUUAAAAAAGUUCAUGAUUUAAAACCUAAUAAUGAUUCUUCACUAAAGAGUAAUGAUUAUUCUUUGGAUUUGGAGGAUGGUUCAACUUUUCACUUGGAAGAUGAAUCUUUUGAUAUUGUCGAUGAUAGUGAUGAAGAGUUGAAGAGUAACAUCACCCUUGAUAGUGAUGAGCAGAUCGUCAUAUUUAAUGAAUUUAUGUAUUUUGAGCAAUUCGAGCGUCUUGUUGAAGAAAAUGAAUUGGAUGUAACUUUGGUAACAAAUAUUACAAAUGAAAACAAAUAUUAA